CCGCUUUUCCGCUGACCCUGUAUUUGUGUCCUUUCAGUUAUCCGUCCUCCCGGUCUGCCGGUCCCCGCCUGGAUGUCCCUGCCAUUCCCCACUGUCUCCAUAGCUGCGUCCUUGGCAAUAAACUAGUUUCCCCUGUACCUCCUGGUCUCUGCAUUUGGGUCCGCCACCACAUACCGUAACAAACUCUGUGUGAAGCGUGAGAUGACUAAUGUCACGUUUGGUUUGUUGACAGGUAACUGUCUUUAUUCCUCACUCCUGUGUAUGAUAACGUUGCAGAGAAGCUCAUCAGAAUGAUGUAUGUUCCUGGUAAAAUGAUUAUCCUCUCAUCAGCUUUCUGUAAGAGCAAGUUGGGCGCUUGGAGUCAAAUGAGUAUUAUGUACUGAAAUGACCCUGCCGUGCAGGUGUAAGACAGAGGAAGAGACCGGUGUAAGACAUACACAGAGAGAGGGAGAGAGAGAGAGAGAGAGACAGAGAGAGAGAGAGUGUCUGAUAGAGUGAGAGAGCCUGAGCGGUUGUUUGCAGCCAAAGGAAAGAUUUUUGAAGAAACGAGAGAGACGGUGCCCGUGGAAAGAACGUGGAGGCUGGAGGUCGUGUUUUGUGCACAGAGCCAGGGGGUCGCAGAACACCGGCACAGGAUGAGAGAGAGCAGCAGAGAGCAGGGACAUUUCCCCAACUGCAUCAAGAUGUUAGGCUUUCACAAUGAGUCAUCCCUUUACCAAAUAUCCCCUGAUACACUUCUGCUCCCCUGUUCAGUCUCCCACUCGGAGGGUCUCAGGCUACAUCUCUUCUCACACUCUCGUCCACGAUGAAGCCAGACUGUUAUUUUGUUUUUACUUUCCUGUUCAGUCUCUCCUUCCUUUCUCCCGUCUGUCCCAUAAACUGCAAUAAAACACAAUAUGCCUGGCCAAUGGACGGACCCCAGCUGUGCUGUGACAAGUGCCCUCCAGGGAAACAUAUGGUGCGGCGUCCAGAUCGCACUUGUGGAAUUGAGUGUCAGUCCUGCACUGGUCGCCGGUACACGGAUGCUCCCAACGAGGAGCUGGGCUGCGAAUUUUGCGAAAACUGCGAUAAACCACACAUGGAGUAUCACUCGGAAUGUAGCAGCACUCGUAACGCUGUUUGCAGAUGUGAAGCUGGCUACAGAUGCCAAGACGAUCCCUGCAAACAGUGUGUGCCGAUACCAUCCACCACUACCACCAAACCCACACUCCCUCCAUCCACUACAGGAGCCAUCCCCACUCUCCGGACAACUUCUCAACCAAUCAAAGAGACGGCGUGGUUCGUAGUAAUAAUCGCCCUCCUGUGUGCAGGGAUCACGCUUGCUGCUGUUGCAAAAAUCAAGCCCUUUAUGCUGUGGAUCAAAUCCAAACACGGCUACAUGUUGGCUAAAGAUCCCCAACCAGCAUCACCAUGCUCCGAGGAUGAGCAAGUAUCAACCCCCAUUCAGGAAGUUCUUGGGAAAUGUGAAGUAUGAGUUGAAGAGCCUGAACUUGAUGAGCACAUUAUUAUUAUAUGGGCAACGUGGCGACGGGGUAGAAAGGGUGCGCCGGGAACCACAAGGUUGGUGGUGUGAGUCCCUGAGCAAGACACCUAACUGCUAAUGUAAUGCAAGUUGCUUUGGAUAAAAGCGUCAGCUACAUGAUGUAAUGAGCAGGGAUUUGACAUUUAGUGCAAAACAUUUCUGUUGCUUUUGGACACUGAUGACAAAUGGGGGCAAACAGACACUGCAGUGAUUGUACAUACGCUUUAGGUUGUGCAGUAUGUUGUCCAAAGGCAGGUAUGUACUAUUGUACAUGACAGAUAUUUCACAUCUUCGUUUAGGUGUUUUUGUGUAUAUACACUUUUCAGAUAAUACAUCAAAUGUAAAUGUUUUUAACAUGAAUUUCUACUUUCUUUAUUGUGGAUAUAAUAGUUGUAAAGUGCCUCAUAUAUACAGAACAUUAAACAUUCAACUCUAAUACUUGAAAGCAAGAAAUUUAUUAAAGAGUAUUUAUCUGAUGUCCUAUUAACUUACAAGGCAGAUCACCCUCCAGCUUUUCUUCCCACAGUUCAUGUUUUUUGUUGGUACUGACUGCAUGUUUUCUUGGAACCUGGAGAUAAAAAUGUCUCUGCAGAGCACUGAGAUUUCUUCACAUUUUGCAAAAGGCGUGAUGGAUCGGCUCCACACUCAUACGUGGUUUCACAUCCUUUAAGACAACGUGUCUGUGAUGAGCCUGGACGUAACCACCAACUGCAAUCUUCUAGGGUUUUCAGGAUGAAUCAUAGCUCUUCCUCUUUGGACAUGUGGCAGUCCUUCCCCUGCUCCUGGGAGGGAAAGAACACGCUCUCAGUCUCUCCCCUCCACUCCUCUUUAGAGAGAUGGGGACUCGGAGAAGAAGUGGGAUGGAACACAGGACAGUAUCUCUCUUCUUCUUCUUCUUCUUCUUCUUCCUCACUAUUCACUCUUUCGGAUUUCUUCACGCAUUCAGUGGUCGGUCCAGCUUGGCCUGUAAACUGACUCAGCAAGCUAAAGAUGACUGUCCCUGGAUUGUGGACAUGGACCGGACCUACGGAGAUUAGAACAAACAAAGAAUGCACUUAAAGGGAUGUUUUAAUUGACCCAUGGAGGUACAUUGAAAUAUAGUUCACACAGUCAAACAACUAAAAACAACUCUGAAUAAUUACAGUAACCCAGCUGCAUCUUUUACAUGUUUACGUUUUAUUUUCAUCAUGACUCCACAGAGUGAGUCAAGCAUUUCACAUGAAAGUCUUUGUUUCAGUCUUCAGUACCCAGAUUGGCUGUGGAAAGGAAGGAUGGCUGCUGCUUUGCACUGAAUGAGUCUCUGGGGAUGUGAUGAGUCGAGUCGUUUGACUUGUGAGAAGCAUCUGCUCCUCCCUAAAGAACAUGUCCGUUAGUUUGGUGCAAAAAAAAAAUAUAUAUAUAUAUAUAUGAUAGAUAGUAGCCUGGAAAUGAGCUACUUACCAGAUUGCAUAAUUUUAUAACAGCUGGAAAACAAUAGAUACAUAGAUGAAAAAUAGAAAGUCAAUUUUUUAGACAUAUCCACCAAAGAUGCAUCAACAUUCAUUUGUUUUAUAAAGAAAAUAACAAUCCAUAGAGCUAAUGAUACAUUCCUGGAAGCAUUUCAGUCAAUUGUAACGGGAUCAUAACGUUCAAGGAUGUAAACUCGCUUGACAACAUUACCUCGCUUGAAACAUGUUUCACCUCUGGUGCUACAAACGAACAAAAGCAUCCCAAGCGACGCGCAUCCCACGGCAACCAAUGGACACAAGAUGGCCACCAGGUCAUCGUUUGUCUUGUCUAAGGAAGAGAAACAAGACUUUCUUUGAGUCACUGCUAAAUACAAAUUUGCUCACAACGGAAAUGUCGGCAUGCUGAUGUGAAGAAGGUCAUAUAAACCGGUUAGCCAAAACAGCGUGUUGUCAUCAGCGUAUUAUUGCUAAUCAUUAAGUACAGCUUUGGCUGAAGUUAUUAGUUUUGCAGGUGGUUGUUUCUAAACUAUAUGGAGGUAGACUAUUAUGGAGUUAGAUAUUGUCCACAGUGAUAAGCCAAAUCCAGGGAUAUUAUUUUCCAGAUUUAAUGGAAAAUAAUACAAUAUUUUCAGAGAAAUUUCACUUCCUUCACAACCUUCUUGUUGUGUCGGAGGAAACGUAGCUGUCGGUAGAGUAAGUAAGAUUCUCCAUGAGUGAGUACCAUGGAUAUAUGUACCUGAUUCCAUAAUAAUCCAACCUUGUAUUUAGUGAAAAGUAAUCAUCAAAGUCAGUCCAUUACAAUCCAUAAAGCAUUUCAGUCUAUCACUGGAAAUGUAACGUAUUGUGCACUCUCCAUAUACCCGUCUCACCUUCACCGCCUCUGUGAUGUGUAUCAUUUCCUGCCGGUGUGACUAACGGAGGGCCGCGUCUGUGUCAGAUAAGGGUGAGGUGUUGAAUAUGUCAGCUAUCUCAAACAUGGGACCCAAUGAACAGAGACAGACUGCAAAGCCACUGACUGUCUGUACCGAAUGCUAAAAUAAUCUGUAUGAAUGCAUUGUGACAUGAAAGCCCUGUCAUCUAGAGUUCUUGGUUGCGUGGUAUUAAUUAUGUACUUUAUCUAAGAAAUCCAUAACAUACUUGGGAGAUUGGCUGGGUUUGUGGGAAGUGCUGUUGUUUCCUGAGGAAGCUGAGGGAGGUGUGUGUUUAUCUUUGCCUGGAACAACAGCAGCUACUUCUGGUGAAAAAGGAAAAAAACAGACAAAUAUCUCACUGGUUAAUCUUGACAAUGGAAUUUAUUGCAACAAACUGUAGAUAUAUAUGACAAAUGCUGCAGGUGUUUGAGUCACUCGUGGUUGUGUGCAGCUGCUUUUGAGGUACUAGAACGUGAGAAUUUGUACCGAGUAUAAACUAAACUUAAAUUACUAGCAUACGUUUUCACAUUUUAAAACAUGACAACCAUAAUUACUUUGCAUAUUAACAUUUUACAUUCUCAUUCUUCUUGAAAUAAAAUAAAGAAAACAUCCCUGUUGUGGAAGAGUAAAAACCUCUUAUAUUUAAUGUAUAUAUUUCCUUAUUUGUAAUUUAGCAAUGUUUCAUUAUUUCUUACCAGCAACAUUGAAGAGGUUUGUGGCCAAUUCAUAAUACAGUGGUGCCAAAGGCUGCAUACAAGUAGUAAUGCUGUUAUUCUAAAUAAAAGGUUGUAUUAUUUGUCCGUGUUAACACCCCUUGUUAGGUGACCGAAUUUAAACUCCUCCAUUUCUUAGUAUUUACCAGUUGUCAUAGUGUCCUGAAUCUCACAGUAUCUGCAGUUUUCCGAGUAUGGGACCAUAUCUGUGCAGCGGAAACCAUCUUCACAGACGCACUUCACAUCCGUCUUCCUGGUGCAGUUCUGAACCACCUUCAUAUGACCAUCUGAAAUGGUGGAAAACAGAGAUUAUUUUACAGAUUUGUAUCACAGGGGAGUAAGAACAGAAAAACAAAAAGCAUAUUUCCUUUCUGUUUUUUUGUAGGAACGUAACGUUCACAUUGGCAUCAUCAUCUUCAGUGAUGGAUCACGCCGUAAUGUUGGGAAGCGAGGACCAAUGGUUUCUUUACCUGGUUUACAGUCCAAGUAGCAAGGAUGGCAGUUGUAUUCAUGGUUCGGACCAGAUGUGUAGUAUCCAGCAGGACAGGACUGACACUCUGUACAAGACUUCUGAUAACUACCUGCCAGAACAAGAAGAAACAAAUGAGGACAACCAGAGGAGCAGAGAAAGGCUGCUCGCCCAGAGCGCAUAUCAAUGGAGGAUGUGGUCGUACAGCACCAACUGUCUGCGCUGCAGGCAUCACUUUUCAUCAAGAUAAACAGAAACAGGAGGGAAAGAUAGACACCAUAUGCCUCAGGGUUUUAGAGUGAUUUUUAGACAAUAAAAUAAAUGAGAAACAGACCAAAGACAGAAGUAGAAGAUGCUAUUGCACCUGAUAUCAUCUUACCUGAAGGGCACAUUUUGCAGCUUGGGCCAGGGAAAUGCUGGGCCCCAUCCGUCUGUUAACGCAUUAACACAAUCAGACACAAACCUCGAUACUUGUUUAUAUAUUUGUCACCCAUGUAUUAUACUAUAAUCAAACAAGACUAUUUUUUUGUAAAAUGUUAUUAUUUUGUACUGUGGUUGAAGGACAUCACUACCAGCGGAACUGAGAGCACCAUCUUUGCAGAUAACACGACGAUCACGAAGCUUUGCAUGGGGCCCAUUCUAUGGAGACCAAUGCAGAGAACAUUAAAA